AAUAUUUUAUUUUGCGCCACCGCGCAGGGCCUGGUACCCACUACCGCCAUUUAGCCAAAGCCUCAACAACACUACAUUGUAAAGGAUUGAGGUAUUUGACAGCUUUUCCACCUGCAAACAAGGAAGCAGACCUUUUUAAACCAGCAACAAGAAAGGUGAAAUGCUUUAUCGAUCAAUACCCCUUGAGAGGAGAAGGAUUUCCGGCUGAGACUCAAAAAGAAAAGUGAUAAUGGGUGAUAUUUUGAUUCAAGAGUUUACGUACGAAGCCAAUGAUCUUCCAAGCCAAGCAUUCACGAUUUUAACCGAACUGUUGGAACAAGAGAAACUCUGCGAUGUUACCAUUAAGGCGGGUGAACGAAAAAUAAGAUGCCACCGAGUUGUCUUGGCUUCUUGCAGUGCUUAUUUUCAUAGUAUGUUCACAAAUUCGAUGCUAGAAUCAUCUCAAGAAGUUAUUACGAUCCAGGGUCUUUCCGAGAAAUCAGUAAUUCAACUCAUAAAUUUUAUGUAUACGCGAAAGAUCACGAUCACCAUUGACAAUAUCGAGUCACUCCUCACUGCCUCAGCUGUGUUUCAGCUGGAUCCGGUUGUUUAUGCAUGUUGCGAAUUUAUGAAGCGACAUCUUCACGUGUCCAAUUGUCUGGAGAUGCGUGCUUAUGCAGAACUACAUGGAUGCAUCGAGUUUAUCCAUUUUGCCGAUAAAUUCGCUCGGGGCUGUUUUACAACGCUAGUAAACAACGACAUGUUCCUAAAGCUAUCUCCAAAACACUUGGCCGAGAUUGUAUCUGGUGAUGAUUUGAACGUUAAAGCAGAGGAAAUUGUGUUUGAGGCAAUCUUGAAAUGGGUGGAGCAUGACCCAGAAAAACGGUCUGAACACAUAGCAGAUUUGAUCUCCCAAGUAAGACUUCCUCUGCUACCCACAGACUAUUUAAUUAACCGUGUAGAGCAGAACUCAUUGUUAAGCAGUAACAUGGCUUGCCGUAAUUUUAUUGAUGAGGCAAAGAACUUUAAACUUUGCCCUGUGAAUGUCAGUUCAUUUAGAACGCAACCAAGGAAAUCAACAGCUGGGACCUUGUUUUCUGUUGGAGGCAGAGGAAAAACUGGAGAGCCUUUCCAGUGCAUAGAGUGUUAUGAUUGGUUCUCAGACUCGUGGUUUAUGACCGCAAGACUGUCGACACCUAGGCGUCAUGUUGCAGUGGCAUCAUUGAAUGGGCGUGUCUAUGCGAUUGGGGGACACGAUGGGAUCCAGCAUUUGAAUAGUGUUGAGUGCUUUGACCCAGAGAAUAAUACUUGGACUGAUGUUGCUCCAAUGAGGACGUACCGUCGAGGCAUGUCUGCUGGUGUAUUACAGGGUGUUAUUUAUGUUGCUGGUGGACUUGAUGAAGCUACUUGCUUUGAAACAGUUGAAAGGUAUGAUCCUGAGACGGAUGAAUGGAGCAUAGUGUCCUCAAUGCUACAUCGUCGAGGUGGUGUUGGUGUUGCCGGGCUGGGAGGCUAUCUCUAUGCAGUAGGUGGUAACGAUGGCACUGUGUCACUUCAAUCUGUUGAGAGGUAUAACCCUCACACUGGGAGAUGGACCAGGGUGGCAUCCAUGAACAGGCGGAGAGCAGGAGUUGGGGUAGCUGUCGUUGGUCAGUACUUGUAUGCCAUUGGGGGCUUUGAUGAUUCAAACCCUCUUGACUCAGUAGAGAGAUAUGAUCCUAAAACAAACCAGUGGAGCUACAUUGCCAGCAUGAGCACCUGCCGAGGUGGGGUUGGGGCGGGGUCAAUGGGCGAACGCAUCUGGGCUGUUGGGGGACACAAUGGCACUCAGUACUUAGGAUCUAUGGAGUCAUACAACCCGGCAAAGGAUGUGUGGGAAGCAAGUGCACAGAUGAGCACCCCUCGAGCUGGUUCUGGUGUUACAGGGUGUAUGUGUGAUGUGCAGGCCCUUAAGGUAUUAAGUGAGCUGGACAGGAGGUCAUCGACUGAAGAGUACAAUGACACGUUAGGGGGGGAACCUGAGCCAACGAGGACAGUUGCUGAAGCAUACUAACACGUGUUCCUCUGGGAAUAAUAAAAAAAGAAGCCUGCAUAUCCCAAAUGGUUGUUGGACAAACACUUUGCUUCUUUAUGUCUCAUGAAUAACAUUAGAAUGCUAAAGAUGUUGUCAGUAACUUAUAGCGCUUAUAAGCAGGUCCGAGAUAAUCAGUGCAGUACCACCUGAUGUCGCAGGCAUGUUGAAAUCUGACCUGGUGAAACCAGGCCUUAUGGGUGGUUUUGAUUUUUCAUUUCCCUUAGCAUUUCAAGGUGAAGAGCUUCAUAAAAAAGGGCUCCCAGAUGAGACCCUUUACAGUAGAACUUGUGAAUAAUUUGGUAUGCCUGGUGAACCUUUUGUGGAAAACCUGCCAAUAUUUUUUACAGUGCCUGCAGAAACUAUAUUGAAUCGCUUUACUCAGAACAUCAGAAAAUAUUACCAAAUCUAUUUUAAAUAGUUAUAUCAGAGGACAGAUUCUCUAAUCGGGAAAGUGAGACACUGUAUGAUCAAAUUCUUAAAAAGAUAUAUUAUUUAUACAAAUGUUGAUGUUUAGGUUAUAGUUUUGAAGGGAUUACUUAGAUUUUUGAGGGAAAAUGUUAGAACAAAUAGUCAGCUAUUAAGCCACAGCGAAAAAAAUCAUAUCAUACGAUGUUGUGUGCAUCAUGUUAAUUUCCUUUUUGCUAUAUACAAUGUGAUUCUAAAAAAUGCAGUGAUUCAAGCUAAAAUACAAAGUCUGGUGUCCCAGCUAACCUGGCAAAUGAUUUGCCUACUAGUUUAGACUUUUUACUUGACAAAAAUCUCGGUUUGAUUUACACACAAUAAAGCCUUCUAAACCUUAGAGACCAGCUACUCUAAGCAAACAUAAUGGGAUUUUUUUGGAAAACUAUAUAAAUGGAAAAAAAUAUGGAAAUUUUGUUCUCAUAAAAAGCUGGUGGUAAUAAGGACAUUGGAUGCGAAGACUGGGAAAUGGCGGUAGGAAUAGUGUUUGUCAGGCUAAAUUCUGAAAAUAAAUAACGAGUUUCUCUCUAA